AAGAAAAAAAUCGAUAGGUUUGAGAUGAAUAUUAUGGAUGAUAAUAGAAUGGAAAUCAGACCAUUAAUGCUAACAGUUGGACUUGUUUGGGGCCACUCUCGUUAUUUUCACACUCUUGAUAAUAUGACACUUUUUUUUAAUCUUUUUCACAAUUCACUAAUUGAAUGUGUUAUUCGUACGAUUGAGCCUGAUUCAAUGUUUCAAGGGGAUGUAGAAGAGGCAUAUAAAAAAAUAAUUAUGAAUAUACAGCAUAUCGAAUAUUAUAAAACAAUUUAUAGAGAGUGCCGAAAUUCAUUAAAAAAAUUCAAAAUUGGUACAACAUUCAAUUCGCAGGAUUGGACAUGGCAGGCAGCAAAAAUUUUUCAACGCUUAGACCUUUUUAUUGACCGUCUUCACGAACUUCAAGAGUUAUUUAAUACUGGCCGGGACUUCAUGAAAUUGGAUAAAAUAGUUAUUGGUGGUUUGAAGGGUCGACAAAUUACAGCAGCUCUUGAAAAGAUAUUAGAGGACUAUAAAAGCUAUUAUCGUGAAUGGACCAAUAUACAAUAUAACCCCUUAGAUCCAGAAAUAGAAAAUUCUAAUUUUGAAAUAGAUCGCGUUAAUUUUAAGAAAAAAACUGAUAUGUUAGAAAGAAUGAUUGCAACUCAGUUUCAAAAAGCACUUGAAGAUUCCCAUGAUUUGCUGCUUGGUGGGCAAAUUCUCCUUCGACCUAUAAUAAGGACUCACAUUGAUGCAUUCAUGCAUUUUAUUGUUGACGAUUUUGAAAAUGAAAUUUUAUAUGUGAAGGAAGACUUUAAUAUUCUUAAGCAGAUGUAUUCCGAAAAGGGAAUAGUGGCUAUACCGACUGAUGACUGUUUUCCAAAAACUUCAGGUUCUAUUGCAUUACUUAAUAAACUUCGCUAUCGGAUAACCUCUAUAUAUAAGGAUACCGAUCUAUAUGAUUACCCGAUUUUUGAAAACGAACGAGGGAAAAAUGUUUUAGACCUUUAUAACCGUAUGCUACAGGAAGUAAAUGGUUUUAUUAAAAGCAUACUAGCCAAAUGGGUUGUUGAAUGUUGGUCUGGCAUUCAAGAAAGCAUGGCAACUUCUCUGCUUAAGAGGGACGACGACGAAAACCUUUCCGUAAACUUUAAAGAAAAUCUUAAAAUAGCUCUAAAGGACAUAAAAGUACUACGUCUUUUGGAAUGCGACCUAACACCCAAUCUAUUAAAAUUUUUUGGUUUAGAAGAAAACCUUUGGCAAGCCCGUAUUAAACUGGAACGAAUCGCCGAAUGGUGCAAUGACAUUAAAGACAGAGCACAUGAAACGGAGAGAGCCCUUAUUGCGGUUGAAAUGGCAAUGAUCAAUGAACAAAUAAAGCCUCUAAUUGAAAAAAUUACGUGGGACGCAUACAGUAAGUUUUAUGCUUUUCCUCCUG